AUUAUAAACAGGCUACAUUGUAGAAAAACACACUGCGUUCUCUCUCCUGCUCUCUGAAAUCGGCCCACAAGCAGACAUUUUUCUGCUUGAAUUGCAUUCCAGAGUUGGGCAGAGAGCACUGAGUGAAACAUGGUUUAAAUACUUAAAACCUUGCUGGCACACGGGUGUUGAAUUGAGUUUUAUGGCUGUAAGCUGCCUCAGUGCAGGGCUGAGCUGGGUGCAGGUGCAGUGUGAGGCCUAAUAGCAGCCGGCAGGUGGGGGUGGAUGUGGUGCCUUCAUUUGCUCUGGCCAAGAUUGAUGUUAACAUAAUUCCUGCUCACUCUUGCUAAAAUACUGGCUGCUGCUGGCAGACUUCCAGUUCUUUCAUGUUUUUCCCCCUUCGCGCUUUUUUAAUGGUUGUAGGAAUUAACAUUGAGGCUUGGAAUAUGAGAAAUGCAGUUUAAAAGAGCAGUGGCUGACAUCAGGUUUUGACUGCAAGUAGAAGACAGAUCUUUGAAAUACCUGAUGGCCACCUGUCAGCUUUUAAUGAGCAGGCAGAAGAAUAAGACCUCUAAGGAGUCUCUGUUGUUCCCCAACAAAAUCACUACGAAGCAGCAGUCUGUGGCACUGGUGAAAAGACUUCUGGCCAUCUCUGUCUCCUGCAUAACAUACCUGAGAGGGCUGUUCCCUGAGAGUUCUUAUGGAACUCGCUAUUUGGAUGACCUCUGUCUAAAAAUUCUGCGAGAAGAUAAAAGCUGUCUGGGAUCGUUUCAGAUAGUCAAGUGGAUUCAAGGUUGUUUCGAUGCUUUGGAGAAGCAGUAUCUCCAUGUUGCUGUCCUAGCAAUGUACACCAAUCCCAAGGAACCGGAGACAGUCACUGAACUGUAUCAGUUCAAGUUCAAGUACAAAAAGGAGGUGCCCGAGAUGGACAUCAUCAGCAACAAAACCAACUUUGUGAAUGGAGUGUGCAGCGAGGACAUGAAACAAGCCAGCAGCCUCCUGAUCCGUAAGCUGUACCUGUUAAUGCAAAACCUUGGCCCACUUCCCAAUGACAUUACCCUGACCAUGAAGCUCCUCUAUUACAAUGAUGUAACUCCUGACGAUUACCAACCACCUGGCUUUAAGAAAGAUGACAAAUCUGGUGACCUAUUGUUUGAUGGUGAUCCUGUCAACUUGAAAGUAGGGUCUUUCUCCACUGGGUUCCACACCUUGAAAGUGAAAGUAACAACUGAAAACAAAAGAAUGGGGAGAGUUGAAAGCAAACUGAUCCAGAAGAACAGCCCUACUGAGAUCUCCCAUCAAGGGCUAGACUGUGAUGAAGAGGAAGAGGAGGGGAGCACUAAGAACAACCCUCUCCCUGUCAGAGCAGAGUCAGAUGAGUACAGAAAGGACAGAAGUUAUACCCAUCCAGGCCUGAGAACUGAAACAUCUUCGUCUUGCCUUCAAAAUACAGGUGGAAAGAAAAAGGUGGAAAUGAGGGAGAUGGGCAGGCGGCCUUCCUCACAGGCAUCUCAGCGGCUCUUCAGGAAAACCAGGAAUGGAAGCAUUAAAGGCUUAUUUUUAUCUGUACGACAUGGGAGAAGCAAAGGCUGCAGAUCUGCCAAAAGAGAAAGAACUAUUUCUGUCCUGCUAGAACUAUAACUGCCAUUUAAUAAUGGCCACGAAGAGUCUCUGACAGAGGGCUUUUCAGAUUGGAGAAGAAUUUACAUGUACUCAACUUGGUUGUUAUCUGCAAUCUAAUGAUUGAUGAUACUUAGGAUCAAAUGAGAGAUUGCCCUUUCCCAGCAAAGCAUCUCUGUACUUAAUCAUCCAGAGUUAGACACCAGCAUGUAAAUUAGCCUACCUCUACUGACUUGAGGAGAGUUUUUCUGAUUGCAUCAGCCACGGAUUUGUCCCACUGUGCUAUCUUUAUGUGUCUUCCUUGUUUCCACUGGCAUUCUAGCAGUUGUGAUCUGAAGAGCUGUGUAAAAGAGGGAAUUGUUGCACAUUGAUUUAUUUUGUAGAAGUCUGCUGAUGGAAAAGGGGUCCUGCACUGGACGUGAGAUAACUUUGUGAAGACUUCAGCACAGUCCUUUACCCUCUUGUGAAUCCUUUAAUGGUGUUCUCCUAUGAGUUGAUUUUUGUCAGCUUUGUCUUCAUGUAAGCAAGCGUGUUACAGUGGAAUGAGUUUGGGAUGAAAUAGUUCCAGAAGAUGAAUAAAAACUGACCAUGUGGAUGCUUCUGCAGGCGUUAUCUCCCAUCAGCAAGCUGUGGGCUGAAGUUCUGGGGUGGUCCUUAAAGCACAGUCUCAUUGCACAGUGCAGCAGUUGUGCAGAGCUCCGAGUCGUCCCAGACUGAGCCUGUGCCAGAGCUGGAAGUGGUGUGGCUGCAUCAUGUGGUUUUCUGGCUUCACUAGCCAAGGCCAGACAGUGCUUAUGCUGCUGGGCUGGCUGCAUUUGUGCUACCAGGCUGCUGUGGGACACCAGUAAGUGUGCUGAGGAUUGGCCUUGUUUGGUACACAGCAAUUUGAAUCACUAGUAGCCCAGGGGCUCUGCACUGCAGGUCAGUGCCUGGCUGUGUGGCACAGCCCUCUUAAAAGGAGCUAUCUGAAAGUCAGAGAGAUUCAUUUGCCUAAAUGAAAGAGUGCCAGUUUAGACUGUGGACAGUGGCUUGUCUGGCCAGCUGCUAAUCACCAUGCUGAAGUCUUGGGUACCUGGUGAGAUCCUUUUUCUCUAUGAGAGAGGUAGCAGUGGGAGCCAGCAUGAGCAGUCUUUCAUGCCUGACACAGUACAAGCAGUAUGUUUUGUUUGCCAGUGGUCAGCAUCCUCUUGGUGCCCAGAGCCAUGGUAAUCCUGCUGGAGAUCCCUGUGCCUUUGCUGAGUUUCAGAGUUGCAUGUGACUUCUGUCUGAAAGUGAAGGUCAGCACAAGGGAUCCAGUUGCAGAAUAACAACUUGAAGAUCGAGACCUUUGAUUUUUCCCAGGCAGGCCGCUUUUACAAUUGCCAUGACAGAAAGCAGUUUAAGGGUGAAGUCUGCCAUUUGCCGAGCAAUAGAAAAGCAUUUUUCUGUGGCAAUGUCAUUAUCUUGAACUUUCGCAGCAAAGAAAAAAAAGAAAGGUUUAUCUCUAGCUGUCUAUCAAGCGAACUGUAUCUGAUGAGAAGUUCCCAGAACAUUUUCUCCUCCAAACCAGCUGAAGCUACACAGACCCAAACAACGAAGAGAAAGAUUCAGAGAUGAGCUAGCCUCUCUCCUUCCUGUUAGCUCAGGCCGUUCUGGGAGGAGUGAGACAGGGAGGUCAGCAAAUUCCUGGCUUCUCUGCGUUCACAUCCGACCUUUAGCUGGAUCUGAGGCUGUUCAUCCCUUGCGUGAGUUGUUCCUGACUAGUGCAUAUGAAACAGCUUCCUAGUGAUCUCUUCCUUUAGAGGUGAUGCUCAUUGCCUCCAGAGGUGGGGGAAGAUUUAACUCUUGCACCCUCAGAUUCCCUUUCAGCUACGCCAGGAGCAUCCAGAGGAAGGCAAGGAGCCUCUAUGCCUUUACACAUGUUCAUAAUGUACAUGCUAACAACCAGACAGACCACUAGAGAAAUCUGCACAGAGUAAGGUUGGAUAGGUCUGACAUCCCAUGAGGGGCUAAGCUGCAUGAUGGCCUCAUAGGCAGGGUGAGUGUCUUUGCUUUUCACCUCCUGGCUUACAGUGCUGUUAACCUCACAAGGGGAAGUCUCCCAGUGCAGAAGCUUACAGGCCAAUUGAGUGUCCUAGUGGAGGCUACGUGGAGAGAGGCUGGUACUUGUUUGAUUUUUUUCUAUCAGGUAUUUUGUUGUCAUAGUCAAGAAAGAUCUGCUCAUAGUCCUUUAAACGCAACGAGAUACGUGAGACACAGCGUAGGCCUGUGGGACUUUGUCAGCAAAAAGGAAAUUGCGUUGGAUGGCAGAGAUUUUAACAGUGAACUAUGGAAAAGGAAGAGGACCAGUGGUAAUCAGUGAUGUCUUGGCAUGGUUUCCUGGGGACAGAAAUGUGGCAAGUUUCCAUAGAUGCAUCACACUGAGCGUCUUUCAUUCUUCCACCUGCGUAAUUUGGCUUUCAUGCUUACCAGCGCGAUUCUCCUCCAUCUUUGUACAGAUGAAAAUCAGGAUUAGUUCUACUGAUGUCAGUGCAUUGGCUUUUCUGGAAACUGAUAGGAGCUCAGUCAGUGCUGAGUCCUGCACCGAGCUUUAACCUUUGUGUCGCCAUCGCAGAAAGGCAGAGGUCAGAAGACCUGGAGACCACAUAGAGCAUCCUACAUGCCCACGGCAGGGUCAGCACCUUGUCCAGUCACAUUUUGAAUAACUCCAAGGAUGGAGGUUCCACCAACCCUCUGAACAUAGCAAAGAAAAGCUCUUCCUUAUGUUUAAAUGGAAUUUGCUGCAUUUUGGUUUGUGUUGGUUUCCUUUCAUCUCUUUGCUGGACUCCACUGCGUGCCUUGCAAACCUCAGUUUUGCUGUGCUUGGAGCAGCCACCUGCCUUCACUGUUAUAGAGAUGUCUGUCACCUGCCAUGCCUCC